AAGACUGUAAAUCCGAACAGAGAGAAAUGGCAGAAACUGCUCCCGCACCCGCUGCUGCCGCCCCGGCCAAAGCACCCAAGAAGAAGUCCGCUGCGAAACCCAAGAAAGCAGGGCCAGGCGUCGGCGAGCUCAUCGUCAAAGCGGUGUCCGCAUCCAAGGAGAGGAGCGGCGUGUCCCUCGCCGCGCUGAAGAAAGCGCUCGCUGCCGGCGGCUACGACGUGGAGAAGAACAACUCCCGCGUCAAGAUCGCCAUCAAGAGCCUGGUGACUAAAGGCACCCUGGUGCAGGUCAAAGGAACCGGCGCCUCGGGCUCAUUCAAGCUCAACAAGCAGCAAGCCGAGACCAAGAAGAAAGCGGUCAAGAAAGCAGCUCCUAAAGCGAAGAAGCCCGCGGCCAAGAAACCCGUUGCUGCCAAGAAGCCCAAGAGCGCAGCAGCAAAGAAGCCCGCCGCCAAGAAAUCGCCCAAGAAGCCCGCAGCCAAGGCCACUAAGAAGGCGACGAAGAGCCCCAAGAAGGCAAAGAAGCCAGCAGUCGCUAAGAAAGCAGCUAAGAGCCCUAAAAAGGCAAAGACUGCUAAACCCAAAGCCGCAAAACCUAAAGCCGCCAAGCCUAAAAAGGCAGCGCCCAAAAAGAAAUAAAGUCCUGUGUUU